UGGAGUUGGCUCAUAUGUUUUGCUUCAAAGUUGGAAAGAAAGGGUCAAUCUUCAUGGUAUACAUCUGGUUUAUCCUGUAUUGCUGGCGCAUUACAGGCCCUGCAUUGUGGAUUGAUGGAGACCAUGGAAACUUCCGUUUGAAGUUUGGCCACCUUGUUGUUAGCAACGACUUGGCUUAUGACUAGGACUCAUCAAAGGGUCAAUUUUCAUGGUACAUAUCAGCAUUUUUCCCCUCUCCACACCACAUAGCAACUACUCCAGAUCCAGGGUUUGCAAAAUUCAUCAUUUGUUCAUUGCUAGCUCUCCUUUCCCACGAGCACACACGAAAGAAGAAUCCAUCCACAGACAUGGCUGCCUCUGCGGCACUCGUUUUUGCAGGGAAGUCUGUGGCAACGCCGGCUAUAUCCUUCUUGAUCAACAAGGCUUUCGGCUACAUCGAUGAAUACUUCAAAUCCAAAGACAUGGAUGAGGUGAAGAAUCGGCUACUGCGGGCCAUGCCGCAGAUCCAGGCGGUGUUGGAUGUCGUCAGCCCGGAACAUGUCAGGGGGCAGAGCAGCGCUCUAGAUGCAUGGCUUUGGCAGCUUAGGGAUGCAGUCCAGGCGGCGGAGGACGCCAUCGACGAGCUUGAAUACUACGGGCUCGAAGAGAAGGCCAAGCACCAAAGGGUUAGCGACUGGGGUUCUCCUUUCGGUAAGAUGAAGCACAAGUUUGUCAAGUCUGUUAAGAGUGGCCCUUUUUUCAGGAAAAAUAAUCACAGUGACAGUUUCAAGAGACUGAUGAAAUCUGUGGAUGGUUUAGACAAGGCUGCUGCAGGUGUUGUCAGUUUCCUCAACCUCACAGACCAUCUCAGCGGAGGUUCUUCUGCCAGUAGUCAGCAGCAAGUGCAGAAGCUUGUUGACAAUAGUCGCCAGACUGGUUCCACAUUAAGUGCAACCAUUUUUGUUGGACGAGAAAAGGAGAAAGAACAGAUUGCUGGUUGGCUGGCCAACCCAUCAGUUGAAUCGGGUGAAACAGGGGUGACAAUGACCAAGAGUAUUCCUAUUAUUUCAGUGGUUGGUCAUGGUGGCAUGGGGAAAACUACUUUGGCUCAGAGCAUAUGCGAACAAGAGGAGGUUCUGAAGCAUUUUAAGGUGAUCUGGAUUACUGUAUCUAUUAGCUUUGACGCGACAUCGGUGACAAGUAAAAUACUGGAAUGUGCUACAGGCAUAAAACCAAGCGCUGAUCAUUUAGAACCACUACAGAGAGAUCUAAUAGAGAAACUCAAGUCUAUCAAUUUUUUGCUAGUUUUGGAUGACGUUUGGGAAGAUAAGAGAAGAGAUGAAUGGGAGAAGUUUUUUGCUCCACUGAGGAAAUUGAACACCAGGAGCAAAAUUUUGUUGACAACCCGAAUGCAAUCUGUAGCGGACAUGGCUGCAAAGGUGAUGGGAGUCAAAGGAGAUCAGUGCCUGACAUUGCAAGGAUUGGAAGAAGAUAAAAAUCUCGAGCUCUUCACACAUCAUGCCUUUUCCGGGUUCGGUCCAGGAGAUAGUGUAUAUUUGAAGUUAACUGGAGAACAAAUUGCAAAAAAGCUGAGAGGAUGUCCUUUGGUAACAAAGGUUGUCGGUGAGCAUUUGCAAAGUAAUAUGAGCCUUGAGUACUGGAGCAGAUUCUUGGAUCAAGGAUUGGAAAAUUUUAAAGGAACUGAGGAUGAUAUUAUGAAGGUUCUCAGAUUAAGCUACUACCACUUACCGACAAAGCUGCAGAUUUGCUUUCGGUAUUGUUGCAUAUUUCCUCAGGACUACGAAUUUCAAAAGAAAGAACUUGUGCAACUGUGGAUUGGUUCAGGAUUGAUCUCAGAGCCUGCAAGUGACACUCAAACUUUGGUGGAUACUGCAGAACACUUCUUGGCUCAGCUAACUAGAAAAUCAUUCUUUGAUCUGAAAUCCGUAGCCAUUGGAUGGGAACAGUUUGAACAUUAUGUAAUGCAUGACUUGAUGCAUGAAUUAGCAAGGAAUGUGUCAACUGGUGAAUGUGCAAGAAUAGAUGAUCCUUUUCAGCUCAAUUACGAGAAGGAUACAUUGCGACACCUAUGCAUUGUCAAUAUUCACAGUUUCUCUGCUGACGAGGUCAAGAAAAUCUCCCAUUUUAAGAACAUACGCACUAUUAUCAUUCUCAGCAUUUAUAGAAACCGUCGCCAGGUUGAAAAUGAUAUAGCUGGUGCACUUGAAAUGGUUAUCGAGAGCUCAAAAUCAUUGCGUCUAUUGCAUUCAGAACUUUGGAACACAUUCUGUCUUGCUGACAAGCUUGGCAACUUAAAACAUCUUCGCUAUAUCUACUUGCACAAGAUAUCAGCAGGCACGAUAUGUGGGGUUGCGAAACUGUAUCACUUGCUGGUACUUCAAUGUGGUUCUGGUUUGGAGACCAAAACAUAUGAAGUGAGAUAUUUAGGGGACCUUGAAGGUUUGCUGUAUGUGUCCUAUGGAGUGCAUGGAUUUGGAAAUUUUUGUAUAAGCAGGCUCACUUCUCUUCAAGAAUUACAUGACUACCAGGUAGGAGGAAAAAUAUGCAACAAAAUAAGUGCAAUCAGGAACUUCAGAGAUCUCCGUGAAUUGUCUGUGGGGGGUCUUGACAAUGUUAAGAAUUACGAAGAAGCUAAGGAUGCCAAGUUGAAGGAGAAAGAGCUCCUCAACUCGUUGUAUUUAGAGUGGUCGACACCUGAUCAAAUCAUGACAGAUGACUUGGUUCUUGACCACCUUGAGCCACAUGUUAAUAUUAGGAAAUUGUUAAUUCGGGGUUAUGAGGGUCCCACAAUUCCAUCUUGGAUUGAGAACCGCUCUGUCAAAAACCUGGUAUCAUUCACGUUGAUUCGCUGCAUAAAUUGGGAAUACCUUCCCUCUCUUGGCGAGUUAGUAUUGCUGAAGAAUCUAGUGUUAUUCGAACUUCCUAAGCUACGGCAGAUUGGUCGAUCAUCUGGCGUGUCCAGUAGUACUUCCACGGAGCUGCUGUUACCACAAAGUCUUCAUACUUUGCAAGUUAGUGGAUGCCAAAAUCUGAGGGAAUUACCUAUUCUUCCUGCAAGCCUAGGCUAUUUUAGCAUACAAGAUGUUUGGCUGACCAAACUUCCUAUGAUUGGCAAGAUAUCCAGUCAGGGCGUCGAGUCCAAAUCAUCUAACUUGACUAACAUAUUUGUCAUGGGCUGUCCAUAUUUAACUUCGCUGAAAGGGAGCCUUUUGGAGCAAAAACUGUACAUGGGAGCCCUCCGUGUCCUAAGAGUUGAGGAUUGUACACAAUUGGAGUCCGCGUCCAUACCAUUUGAAGAAAUGAAAGAACUUGAGUUGCUCACAAUCUACCGAUGUCCAAAGUUGAGGAUGCUGAGAGAUGCCAAAGAUAUGCUCAUGCCACCGUCGCUAAGAGAACUAACUAUUGCCUUCUGCGGUGAUAUGGAAGUUCCACUUUUUGGGCAGGACAACUGCUCACGAACUUAUCUAAUCUCAAGCUGCAGAACUGCUCGAGUCUGGUAUCUCUGCCCUCUGCGGAUGUGUUCAAGAGCAUAGGGUCUCUGCAGUACAUGUACAUAGAGGGAUGCGAGAAUCUCUCGUCCUUGGGAGGGCUCGGAUCACUUCCAUCCCGCAUCAGGUUAAGUAUAUCUGAGUGCAAUAAACUCGCACAGGCUGCUGAGUCCUCGCUAACUCGAGUUACAUGUGGUUCUGGUUCUGGUGGCGAAGAAGAGCAUCUGGUGGAGCCCAACAGUUCACUUCAGAUACAUAGUCUUAACAUUGAUCUACCGUCCUUGCUGCUUGUUGAGCCGCUCCAGAGUCUGUGUCACACUGAAGAUUUGCGCAUUAGUAAUGGGUCAGAGAUGGAGAGCUUACCUGAACGAUGGCUGCUACAGAACCGUCGAUCCCUCCAACACGUGAGCAUAUACGCAGAUUCCCUGAAAUCGCUCCCGCCGAGCAUGCAAGACCUCUGCACUCUUGAGGAUUUAGACCUACGCGGUGCUGGGCAACUCCAGUCACUUCCACAUCUACCCUCCUCCUUGAAGAAACUCGAUCUUUCAGGAUGCCAUCCAGAGCUGGAGAAGAAGAUCACAGAACAUGGAAACCCCGAAUGGAACAAGAUUGCUCACGUCCCUUUUGUCCGAAUAGGAGACAUGUAUUUCGUCAUGGGCAAGAAAUCCAGCCAAGAAGCUGCCUUCGAGAGUUUUAUU